AUCUCUUGUUUGCAUCGUUCGACUUCGUUUCACGGUUUCCUUUUUCUCUGGUCAUCUUCCGAAUCCAACUAUGUCAUUAUAAUUUGUCUCAUAAACAUCCCCCCACGAAACAAUAGACCUUUCUUUCGAAUCUAUUCAGGUAUAUAACUCGUCGAGUACCCUGGAGGUACCACUGUACAACUAUUCGUAAUGCGUUUCUCCUCGACAAACAAGUCCUUGAUGGGCGUUUCCAGCAUAUCUCUCCUCCUCCUCGCGACAACCACCUUUCCACUCAUCCAGGCAGCAAGCAUAUUCCCUCGACAAGCAGAAACAUGCGGUGGGAACAAAGAACUGUCUCAGUGUGGGAAUGCAUUUCCUUCAGACUUCUGCUGCCCAGCGAACACGGAAUGCAAGUCCCUCAACGUAAAAGACGGCAUCUCCGCAAUAUGUUGUCCAAAGGGACAAGAUUGCUCGUUUCUUCUACCCAUCACUUGUGAUAUCACUGCACUCAACGCAACGCUCCACCCAGACAACCAGGUUCAUCUUGCCAACAGUUCUGCGGUCGAGCUUCCCAAGUGCGGAUCCAAGUGCUGUCCAUUGGGUUACUCUUGCAAAGGCGAUAUGUGCUCUGCCGACAAUGGCAGCACUCCCCCAUCAGGUACACCCACUGGAUCUCCAACGCCGUCUUCCACGGAUACAUCGUCGGUCUCUCAGACUGCAACAGCAGAGUUCCCACCUGUUGUCAAAGUCGAGCAAGGCUUCAACGCCAAAUCGUUCGCCGCGGGUUUCUUUCCUGGCAUCAUACUAGGUGUCCUAGCAACACUAGGCAUCAUGUGGCUCAUCAAGAAGCGUCGCGAUCUCAAUGAGAAGAACCGCUACUCUGGCGACUUCGGACAUGUUGCACGAACGAUUAGCGACCCAAUCUAUGAUCCCGCCCGCGCUGCUCGCGUCGACUUCAUCCGCCGGGGCUCGCACUCCGCUCAGAAUUCGCCAAAUUCGACGACCGGCUUUAUGAACAACCGCAAUAACAACAAACCCACAGGAGGCGGUCUGACCCCAAGGAUCAAGAGCAUGUGGGAACGCACGCCGAGACUCGGGGCCCUGGGCUUCAGCAGUAGUAGCAGCGCAUUCCCAUCGAACGGACUGCCUGCGAAUCCCGCACCACCUGCUCCCGCAAUCCGCGCUGGCGACCAUCGAGAUCCGUACAGAACGCCUCGUCAGACACCUCGACAGGCAACAUCGUCUCGCUCGCGCGCGACAUCGAUAGGCACGGCAUCGAUCAACAACCACGCAAGGAGACCUUCGAUCUCGCAGCACGAGAAUCGCCCCUUCGUGGCACGCAGCGAAAGCCAAGAGACGAUAGACAUCCUGAUGCCAUCAAACAGCGAUUCUCUCCUCCGACCGCCAAAGGCACCGGGCAUGCGUGAGAACAACAGGUGGACACAGGAUUCGAACACCACGACGGUGACGAAGCUGAUGGAGAGUGUGGGAUAUGGUGAGGCCGACAGGGAGAAAGUCCGGAACUUUCAAGCGACCCCUGGACAGGCGAGGUGAUUGAGAUUCGUGUCGUUGUAGUC